UGAAAUGGAGGUGGUGGUGUGGCUGUGUUUCGCUCCUCUGCUCUGGUUUCUUGGUAAAUGCCACGGGCAAACUCAGUUCCUUUACAUGGCUAGGUAUAAAUCAGGGUUGAUUUCCUGUGAAGAAAACAAAUGGAAAGUGAGCACAAAGUCUAACAAGAUUGACCCGAAGCGUCUGGUACAGUGUGACCGCAUCAAGAUUGAGCUUGAUGUUGAUGAUGAUGAUGAUGAUGAUGAACUGGAAUUUUGCAGAAAUAAACAUCCACAGUCAAAGUGUGUUUGUACUCUAGAAGUAAAGAGUGGAUUUGUUGCCUGUGUUAAAUCUCUGGAUUCUGGACUCCUUUUUCCAUUCAAACCGUCUCCCAACGUCGUCUCUUCCUACAUAUUCGCUGCUCCAAACCCACUCAUAACAUCCACACCUGAGAAACCAUCUUCACUGCCAGUACCUGAAGGUGGAUCAGUGAGUUUAAACUGUAGUUUCACCUUCACACAAAAAUAUAAUGGGGUGCCUUUUGUUGUUUACUGGAUUAAGACUGUUGGAAAGAGCAGCACCUGUGUGUAUUCUUAUGAUUAUUCCAAGCAUCGUUCACCUCAGUACGGUCACCACUGCGCUGUGCAAAAAGAUCUGCUUAACAGGAUCUCAAACCCAACCAAAGGACAGAACAGUCACAACAUCAGCAUCAGUGAAGUGAUGGAGUCAGACAGCGGUUCUCCAUAUGCUGUUGGAAAUGGUGAGGAGGGGAGUUCCUUUGGAUCUAAGACGGCUGAUCCAGGCCGUGAAGAAUUCACACCGUCUAUUGACCCUUAUUUAAUCGUUAGACUGAACAGCUUGUAUGAAUCUGGGGCCUCAGGCAACUCCCCCAGGUCAAAUUAG